GCUUGAAUCACCCACCAGGUCCUUGAUAAUGGAAGCUCCUCGAGGGGUCCAGGUGAGUGCUGCUGCAGGAGACUUCAAGGCCACCUGCAGGAAGGAGCUCCAUCUGCAGUCUACAGAAGGGGAGAUAUUUUUGAAUGCAGAUAAAAUCCGGCUGGGGAAUCUACCGACUGGCUCUUUCUCAUCGUCUUCACCCAGCUCCUCAAGUUCCCGGCAGACCGUGUAUGAACUGUGUGUCUGCCCCAAUGGCAAACUGUACCUUUCUCCAGCGGGAGUAGGUUCCACUUGUCAGUCCAGUAGCAACAUCUGCUUGUGGAGCUGAAGUGACUGAUUUCUCCUCACACCAGAAUAGCCUUUUGUUCCUGUCCGUCUGCUUCACAGUUCCGCUCGGUUUCCCUUGUGAUCAGUCCAGAGCUUCUUCAAAUGGUCCACAGAGCAACUUCUUCCGAUGCAAGCAGGGGUUCGCUGCCACCUUCUCUCGUGAUUUACUGUACUGCUCAACUCAGAGAGCGUGGGUGACGGGACAGUGGAAAAAUCACCUUCAGCAGGAAAACUGGAUCAUAACUUCUGCUCAAAAGGGAGAAAAACAUAGGUGCCUUUGCUACAUGAAGUGAAGCACACAGUUUUAGAUUUUUGCAGGACCUGGAUAUGAACUGCACAUACAUACAUUAAUCACAUAGAUGAAAUUCCCAGUAUCCAAUGGCAAGAUGAGAUGGUUAACCCUGUCAGAAAACUAAUUCUACAGUCUGAAAGCACAAUUUUCCAAUCAUCUUUUUGGAUGUAAACUUUUAUCCCCGAAUUUUAAAAUUUUCAAGCAUUAGAUAAUGCUUGCUUUACUAAAAAUUAAAUUCAAUACAUGAUUUUUAACAAAACGAAACAAAACAAGACAGAAUCCCACCCUGA